GCAACACACGCCCGGAGCUGUUCGACACCGGACAUUUGAUGUUAAGUCAACUCUCAAAACCUUAUUGCUAAGACAAUUCAGCUACCUUCCUAUGUGCAUUGCGCGACAGAGUUGCAACCUAAAUUGAACCGACAGAUCCUGUCAGAAGGAGUACCCUAAACACUGGGCGCUGUUUCUCCGCCACCCAUGCUUUACAUGGUAUAUUCGCCAGACCUUUCCUAGUCCUAAUCGGCCGGCAGUCAUGGUUUUCCGUUGUGAUGCCGGUGGGAUUUUCUGUGUCCUAUUGACUUACCUGAUUGUCGCCUAUGCUGAUUAUGUCGUGAUGUUUCAUUUGAUUUUGCCGGUACUGAAGACCAGUUUUGCGGCAAUCAUCAACGCUGCACUCUUCAACACAGUCGCUCUGAUGUUGUGCUUUUCACACUUGUGUGCGGUACUUGUGGAUCCUGGGAUCAUACCAAGAAAUCAAUACCAAAUAAUUCGCGAUGGCGGAACUACAUCUGUCGAGGUCCCAGCGGGCUGGACAAUAUGCAACAAGUGUGCGAUGGCUCGGCCGCCUCGAGCUCAUCACUGCCGUGUGUGUAAUUCUUGUGUAAAACGGAUGGAUCAUCACUGUCCCUGGAUAAACAACUGUGUAGGAGAGUACAAUCAGAAAUAUUUUAUCAUGUUCCUCGUAUAUGUGGGCCUCCUCUGUCUCUAUGCAGUUAUCCUGGUGAUCGUGUGCCGUGCGAUGUUGUCUGCAGACAUACACAAAGAUGUGGAAGAAACCGAUCCCGCCACUGUAGUGCAUACUGUGAUUCUGAUAGCCAUCUGCUGUCUGUUCGGACUGUUUGUACUGGCCAUCUUUUCUGAUCAAUACAAGUCGAUCGUAGAGGACGAAACAGCGAUCGAAUCAAUUCAGAAUCGUACACGCCGUGGUGAAAUCGACAUGGAAGCCGGUGGAUUUCGUCGGCGUCUUUCGAAGCGUGCAUUGUUCCAAGAAGUCUUUGGGACCGGCGAUUCGAGUGCUCAAAUAGGUCAUCUGAGCUCCUUGAUAUCACAUUUGGGGGGUCAAUGCAGAGUUGAUGCUCGCCGCACAGACAACGGAGAUGGACUCCUUAAGUUGUACGCUGAUCAUGAACUGCUUCGGGAGAGUAAGAACUUUCAACAUAAACGUUCGCACCGCGUAACCUGGCGGCUACCAACUGCAAAUCAACCGUGGACCCAGUUGGACCAGGUGGUCAUCAGCCACCGGUGGAGAGCCACAAUCCAAGACUGUCAUUCCUUCUGGGGCACACCACUUGAUUCCGAUUACGCCAUGGUGCGUGCACGCCUGAGAGUUUGUUUCCCUUCAGGACCUUGCAAGUCAGCGAGAAGCAUGCCAAUCCACUGUCUUCGAAGAAUUGCCACAGCUAAACAAUAUACAUCUGAGCUAGCCCGACAACUCUCCACAGUAAAACAAUACUGUGGUGGCAGUGAGCAUGUGGAUGAAGCGCGUACAAUAUGA